CACAUGGAAUCACAUUUAGAAUUCAAGUCAGCGUGAAAGAACUGCUGGAUACAGAUGUACUUUUGAAGCUGUUGUUUCAUUUACCAGUCAAUUAUCCAUCAACUCUACCAGAUAUUUCCGUUAACUCAGACCAGCUUACAAGGGCCCAGUGUAUGGACGUGAAAGAUAAAUUACUUGAACAAGCAAAGAAGCAUCUUUCUGAACCCAUGAUACAUGAUCUGAUUCUUUGGAUCCAGCAACAUCUUAAAUAUUUCAUUAAGCAAUCAGCAACAGUUUGCAAUGAAAAAACUGCUUUGUCAAAAGGAACAAGCGCAGAGGAUGGUAUCUGGAUGCUCCUUUUGCAUUUAGAUCACAUGAGAGCAAAGGCAAAAUACGUCAAAACUGUGGAAAAAUGGGCUUCAGAUCUAAGGCUGACUGGAAGACUGAUGUUCAUGGGCAAGAUAAUAUUGAUUCUUCUUCAGGGUGACAGGAGCAACAUUAAGGAGUAUUUGAUUCUUCAGAAAACUUCUAAGGUAGAUGUGGACUCAAGCGGAAAGAAAUGCAAAGAGAAAAUGAUUAGUGUGCUGUGUGAGACAAAAGUACAGUCACAGCAUAAAAGGUUUCAGACGUUUGAAGUCAAAGAAUAUUCAACAAUGGACGAGCUACAAAAGGAAUUUGAAACUGCAGGACUUACAAGUCUUUUCUCUGAGUGUGUGCCUCCUCUUCUAAAAUAAAAUUGAAAGAAAACGCUGGACUCUUCGACCAAAGCAGUAGUUGGCUGCAGAUCCUGAUGGAAGAUAAAAGGACUGAUUUGGCAAAGGGCGU